UCAAAUCAGACAUGUAUAGCUUGGGUGUAAUAAUCAUUGAACUGGUGACAGGAUAUAAAGAUAUCCCCGACAACAAUAAUGUACUGAGAAGAUGGAGACAUAGAUGGAAUAAAUCACUGAAGGAAACACCAUGGUCUUACCAGAAAUUACAAAUAACUAAAUGCAUCGGAAUAGGCCUACAUUGUCAGGAAAGUGACCCAUACAGACGGCCAUUUAUACGAGACGUAAUACAUGACAUCGACAGAAAUGAAGGUACUUUUGGACAAAACAACAACGCUGAUGAAUUUUAUGUUGACCAGGUAAGGCCUUGUUGGGAUGAUGAUAUGCUUGAUAUUGAGCCGCUUAAGCUACAUUUCCAAUUUGAACUUAACAAGAAGAUAUCAUGCCUACUUCAUCUAGCCAAUGGUACCACUACUACCAUUGCCUUCGCUAUACAAUCCGUGAGCCCGAUGCCAUACUGCAUACAACAGAAUAAAGGAAUUGUGCUACCACUAUCUAGUUGUGCCAUUGUGAUAACAUUACAACCACAAAGUAAUCCACCAAAGGACAUGCAACACCUGGGUGAGUUUGUCGUACGGAGCGCCAAAGUAAUUGAUGGAGUUACACCUGAGGAGAUAACGUCAGACAUGUUCAAUAAAGUGUCAGGUGAAGUGGUUGAUGAGGUGAACGUGGAUGCUAUUUUUGACAUGCCACUACUACUUGGGGAAACUUAAGUAUGCACGUGUAACACUCCUAUUUAGCAACUAGGAAUAAAAUUUUGAAUUUCGAUAAACAUGAAUAUCUUGUCGUACCAGCUUAAUAU